UUACUGUAAUACUAUAAUGGAUUGCAUUCCAUAUUAUGUUAAUUAGAUGCAAGUAAUUGUAUACAUAUAAAGAUUAGUUUGUUUUGUUCUAAAGCAAGAACCCAGGAAAAUCGAACAAUUUUCUUCUUUAGAACUCUCAAAAUCUCCUUCAUUUUCAAUCUUUUGGAAUCUUUUUCUUUUUCUGCGUUAGCCUUCUCCAUUUCACGCAGAGAGAUAGAAAAAGGAAGCAUCUUUCUUUUGUUUUUGUUUUUAUUUUAUUUUAUAUAUAUAUUUUUUUUAAUUUGAACAAGCGAUCGGGUUUCAAGCUGCUGAUCACAGUUUGAAAAGAUUCUUUUUCUUUUUCUUUUUUCUUUUUUUUUUUUUGGGUUUUUAAAGCUUUUAUUGAUGAAUGAUCUUCCGGAAUCAGUCGAUGGCAGCGGAGCAGCGGUGGGGGAGAGGCCCGUAUCAUCUCCUUUAAUGUCUCCGGCGAACCCGAGUACAUCCGAAAUUGGGCCGGAGCGAUGGGAGAGAGCUGAGAAAACUGCCCAUAUGAUAAUCUGCAAGGUACAGCCGACUGCAAUUUCUGAAGAAAGAAGAAGAGAUGUAAUUGAAUAUGUUCAUAGCUUAAUCAGGAACCGUCUUGGCGCUGAGGUAUUCCCUUAUGGUUCCGUACCAUUAAAGACAUAUCUCCCUGAUGGAGAUAUUGAUUUGACUGCCUUUGGUGCUAAUGUCGAAGAUAGGUUGGCCGAGGAUAUGAAAUUUAUACUUGAAGAAGAAGAAAAUAAUAGGUCGUCAGAGUUUUUAAUUAAGGAUGUGCAGCUCAUUUCUGCUGAGGUUAAGCUUGUAAAAUGCCUCGUGCAGAAUAUUGUUGUCGAUAUUUCCUUUAAUCAAAUUGGUGGGUUGUGUACCUUAUGCUUUCUUGAGCAGGUCGAUCGCCUCAUUGGCAAAAAUCAUCUGUUUAAACGCAGUAUCAUACUGAUCAAGGCAUGGUGCUAUUACGAGAGUCGGAUUCUUGGCGCUCAUCACGGCUUAAUAUCUACAUAUGCUUUGGAGACAUUGGUCUUGUACAUCUUCCAUCUUUUUCACACAACGUUAGAUGGUCCUUUAGCAGUCCUAUAUAAAUUUUUGGACUACUUCAGCAAAUUUGACUGGGAGAUGUAUUGCGUUAGUUUGAAUGGACCAGUUCGAAUUUCCUCAUUGCCAACCAUUGUGGCUGAAACGCCUGAAGAUGGUAGUGGUGAUUUACUACUUACCGAUGAUUACUUAAGAUCUUGCAUGGAAAUCUUCUCCGUUCCUUUGAGAUAUGCUGACCAAAAAUCCCGUGGAUUUCAACAAAAACAUCUCAACAUUGUUGAUCCACUAAAAGAGGUCAAUAAUCUUGGCAGGAGUAUCAGCAAAGGAAAUUUUUACCGGAUACGCAGUGCUUUCUCUUAUGGUGCUAAAAAACUCGGGCGAAUACUCAUGCAGCCAGAAGAUCAUAUUGCUAAUGAGCUUCAAAUAUUUUUUUCGAGCACUAUGCAGAGACAUGGACGCGUACAGAAGCCAGUUGUUCAAGAUCCCUACCCACAAUUAACUUACAAUGGUUUCAUUCCUGUGUCAUCUAGUUUAGGGACAGAGUCAUAUAAAGGUGAAAACUCUGCCGAUGCUGCGGACCAUCGUUUCUUUGGAGAUGCAGAUGACCUUGCUACCCCAAGCAUUGAAUGCCUAAAUAUUUCUAGUGAUUCACCCAAGUUUUACAACCAAGUUCUCAAAGAGAGUGUCAAUGCAAUUGGUAUGCCUCAAGAUUCAGAUCAUGCGAGUUUGCAUCAGGGCACAAGGAGAUGGAGUGCAAUUCCGGAAUCUUCAAACUCCUUGUCAGAUCUCAGUGGGGAUUAUGACAGUCACUUCAUAAGUUUGCAGUAUGGUCGGUGGUUUUAUGAGUGCACCUUUGGUAUGCCUUCUUUGCCGAUGGUUCCUAUGUCACCCCCUCAAUAUGAGAACAAGAGCCCAUGGGAUGGUGUCCUAUAUCCAUCACAGCUGGGGCAUAAUGGUUUUUCCCAGGGACAUCCCAAUGGCUUCAUGCCAAUGUAUCCCACGAGCCAUUUAUUAGUACCCGGUGCGGCCUUCAGCAGGGAAGAAAUGCCCAAACACCGAGGAACUGGAACUUAUUUUCCCAAAAUGAAUCGAUCCCCACAAGGGUAUAGGCCUUCUGCUGUGAAAGGAAAGAAUCAGGCACCCUUGCGUUCCCCGCGUGAUAAUGGGCAGAAUGUGAUAUUUACUGAGACAAAUUUGCUAGAGAGAAACAGCCACGAACAGUCGCAACCUCAAGUCCUACCUGACCAAAGCAUCAAUCCCCUGUCAUCUGGGAUCCACCACUCAUUUUCCCCUCGUGGAAGUGGGCCAACACCAUCUGGAACAUUUUUCUCAGAAUUAAACAGGCAACAAAGAUCAGCCCCAUCUUCACCUCAAAUUUCUAGUCCAGAUUCCCCGGGUAUGCAAAGGCCGAAACCUCCAUUGAGCAGGGACCCGGAUAGGGGGUCAUUUAAAUCAUCAUACCAUCUCAAAGAUCAGAAAGAUUUCCCGCCACUGCCUGUCUGAAGAUGCUCCAUUUUUGUAGUCACUGUAAGAGUGAACGUGCCAGUACAAGCCCAGGCUUUCUGCCCCUGAGGCUUCUUUCCGCCUCGUGGAAGACACAAAAAGGUCAUGUACUUUUUCCUUAAUGAUGAGUUUUGAAGGUUUAUUUAUCUUUAUAUUUACAAAUUUGACAAUAGAGACUCUGAUUCUGCAGUCUUUGUAUAGGAUGUUAUGAUUCCAUUUCCAUUUGGUUUUCACCUUUAUGGUGUGGUUUAAUCAUGAACCAGUAGUAUGUUGUUGAAAAUGUAAAAUUUAGCUUUAAUUAUACAUAGAAAGAUUAGACGUGUGUGUAUUUUGCUUGGUGGUGAAGUAUUAUUUAUAAAAUUAGUUUGCAUUUUUCUGACUGCAA